UUUGCUUGAAUUCAACGUGAGGAUGUUCAAAUUCUGACAUGAAUUCGAUGAAAAUCUCGCACUGCCAUGUGGCUGGCCUUCUCUUGUAUUCCUCCAAUUAUACAUUUUGUCCACUAUGUUUACGUACUUUUUUCUCAGUAAAAACCCGCCUUCGCCUCCCGUUCACGUAAGAGAGAAGAAUACGCCUCCUCAGCGUCAACUGCCCGCCAAGGUAACGAGACGGGCGGAGCCCCAUUUGCGCCACCGCCCGCCCACAAUGCCGUGCUCGCCAGGGCCCCGCCGCCGCCCGCCGGCGGCGGUGCCAAUCAGCGCCGUCCUGCUCCGGCAGCUUCGGAUCGCGGCCGGCCAGGGCUCCCCGCGCCGCCUCCUCCUGCGGUCCCUGGCGCUGGUCCUCACCUCCAACCUCUCCUCCACCCACGCCGCCGUUUCCUCCCGCCUCCUCAACUCGCUCCUCCCUCACCUCCCCGCCGGCCGCCUCCACCUCCUCCGCCUCCUGCCCUUCGACCACCUCACCCUCCUCCUCCUCUCCUCCUCCUCCGGCCCCACGCGACCCGCCGUGUCCGCGCUCCACGCGCUCGCCGUCCGCUCCGGCCACCUGCCCGCCGACCUCCGGCUCGCCAACUCGCUCCUGGCGCGCUACCUCGCGCUCGGCUCCCACGCCUCCGCGCGCCGCCUCUUCGCCGACAUCCCGCGCCCCGACGCCGUCACCUGGAACACGCUCCUCCGCGCCUGCCUCCGCUCCGGCCUCCUCCCCUCCGCCCGCCAGCUGUUCGACCAAAUGCCGCAGCGGGACCUCGUCUCCUACAACUCCAUGCUGUCCGGCCACGCCGCGGCCGGGGACAUGGCCGGCGCGCAACAGCUGUUCGAUCAGAUGCCCGAGAGGGACGUGGUCAGCUGGAACUCGAUGCUUGGUGGAUAUACCCGCCUCGGAGACAUGGAGGAAGCCAGGAGGAUGUUCGACGCGAUGCCGGAGAGGGACGUCGUGUCGUGGAACUCGAUGCUGGACGGGUACGCGCAGGCCGGGGACGUCAAGAUGGCGAGGGCCAUGUUCGACGGCAUGCCGAGGAGGAGCGCCGUGUCCUGGAACGUCGUCCUGGCGCUGUACGCGCGGGUGAAGGACUGGCGGGAGUGCCUGAGGCUGUUUGACGCGAUGAUGGCGGUGGGGGCCGCCGUGCCGAACGAGAAGACCUUCGUGAGCGUCCUGACGGCCUGCGGCAGCCUGGGCGACCUCGAGAGGGGGAAGUGGGUGCACGGCCUGGUCCGACAGAGGUGGGAGAGGAUCGUGCCGGACGUCCUCCUGCUCACGGCGCUGCUGACGAUGUACGCCAAGUGCGGGGUGAUGGAGACGGCGAGGGAGAUCUUCGACUCGAUGGGCGAAAGGAGCGUCCCGUCGUGGAACUCGAUGAUCAUCGGCCACGGGCUGCACGGGCAGAGCGAGAAGGCGCUCGAGCUAUUCCUGGAGAUGGAGAGGAGCGGGCCCAGGCCAAACGAGACGACCUUCGUCUGCGUCCUGAGCUCCUGCGCCCACGGCGGGCUGGUGCUCGAGGGCUGGUGGUGCUUUGACAGGAUGGUCAGGCUCUACGGCAUGGAGCCCAAGGCAGAGCACUUUGGCUGCAUGAUGGACCUCCUCGGCCGCGCCGGGCUGCCCACAGGCUCGGAGAACCUCGUCCAGAAUUUACAAGGCAAGGCGUCCCCGGCGUUGUGGGGCGCCAUGGUCUCGGCCUCUCGGGCGCAGAACGGCUCCAGGCUCGGGGAGUUUGUGGGGAAGAAGCUGAUCGAGAUGAAGCCGGCGGAGGUCGGCCCGUACGUGCUGCUCUCGAACAUCUACGCGGCGGAAGGGAGGUGGGACGACGUCGAGAAGGUGAGGGAGAUGAUGAAGCGGGACGGGGCUGAGAAGGACGUGGGGCUGAGCCUUGUGGGAUCGAGCGAACCGGUGACCCGUCUUGGUACUGAAGACGGCGCGGUGGUGAUGUCGAUGCUGGGCGAGAUGGGCGCGCACCUGAAGAAGCCGGCGACCGAACCCCAGGAGCCCAAGGGCAGGGAGGGAAGGGAUGCCACGAGGACCUGUUGUGCGUGACAGCAGCAACGCAGAGCAUGUUGCAGGAUUACUACGCCUCGCCGUUGAUCAUCACGGAGCAUCAGGUUUCCUGCUGGUGCGUGUGGUCCUCUGUCGUCAUGCCAGCCAGGGCCAGCAUUGCAGCAGCAGCAGCAAAGCAAGCCGAGGGGUAGCCUACUGCUGGGUGCUGGCUGAUGAGCAAGCGAUGGAAUAAGGCAGAAAACACGUUUGGACUUUGGAGGUGGGCCAAUGAAUGGUCGAUGGAGAAGGUGCCCGGCUGGCUGCUCAACUGAUCUGGCCGGCGAUGUGAUGUUGCUCUGCUCUGCUCAACUGACCUGGCCGGCGAUGUGAUGUGAGUCUGUGACAAGUGAAGAUGGUGACGAUGAUUGCGUCAGUCAGCUGACCGUGGUGUCGGCAAGGCAGGGAGAGGCGAGAGCGACGGGCGUCUGCUGCAAGAACGUGGACGGGCAUUCGGAUCUGUGGAAAGAAAGACGAGGGGAAAAGGAACAUGACAAGUGCUAUGAGCAUAUUCGAUCUCCUGGCAACCAUAUGCGUCCAGCGUUUUCACGAGCAACUGAAAUCUCUUCCAACAGGAAAAAAUGUUUCAUGCCUAACAUUUCUUUUUUGUCUCCAAGUAACAGUAAAAUUGUUGCAACCAUAA